GCGGCCUCGAUAUUUUUGUAAACAAACUAACAGACGCAGAUUCUAAAGGCGGAUAGUGUAUUUGUAAACAAAGAUGGACACACACGAGUUGUUUAUGAGUUGCAGACGGGGCGAUCUAUCGAAAUUGAAGUACUUGAUUGAACAAAAGGAAUUGGAGCUUAAUGUCCGAGAUAAAUGGGACAGUACGCCUUUAUACUACGCCUGUCUGUGCGGUCACAAGGAUGUUGUUCAGUACUUACUAGAAAAUGGAGCGCGAUGUGAGGCCAACACAUUUGAUGGGGAACGCUGUUUGUAUGGUGCACUGAACAACGAAAUCAGGAAUCUUCUCAAAUCAUUCAACAUGGUGUCCUCCAAGACUCUACGCCGAGAUCUCUACGAGGAAUUUUUACGCAGACUUCUAGAGAUGGGUAUGCAUGAAGAUGUCAUAUUUCACGUCCACGGGGAGAGGUUCCCCGCCCACCGCGGUAUCCUCAGUGUUAGGUGUCAGUAUUUUGCGGAGUCGUUCCGAACUCGGUGGAAGAACAGGACGGAUAUUGUCAUAAAGCAUAAACUGGUAUUUCCUUGGGCCUUUAGAUCUCUUCUACAAUACAUCUACACAGGUCGUUUAGAAACUCAUAUCGACUGUAUAGAAGACUGCAAGAGGCUAGCAAGGCAGUGUCAAUUAAACGACUUAAUCAAAGCCAUAGAAGAGGCUUACAAUAAGCAGAGCUCAUUUGAGAUGCAGAAGCCAGGAGUUAAUAUUACGAAUAUUCUCAUCGAACGAUCUGAGGAUUCCUUUGACCUUCAGUUUGACCUUGGACGACUGGCUGACCUUGCCCUUCCUCAGGAGUUAUCUACCUUUAUCCAGGGAGAACUUCCGUUUGAGCCAGAGUAUGCGUCCUGUUACCCUGACAUCUGUUUCUGUGUGGAGGGGCACCUGUUUCACUGUCACAAGGUAUUCUUCUGUGGAAGAAGUGACUAUUUUAAGGCCUUGUUGAUCGACCACUUCGGGGAGAGCCAGGUUUCAGAGAACAACAUCCCGCAAGUGACUCUAAACGACAUUACUUGUGAUAUUUUUACUCAGAUUAUGUACUACAUCUAUCAGGAUUCGUGCGAGCUUUCUGAGGACACUGUCUACGAAGUGCUGUGGUACGCAGAUCUUUACAUGUUGCAAGGCUUAAAGAGACAGUGUGCAACCUGUAUCAGUAAAUUCAUCAACUCUAACAAUGUCCUCCAGAUCCUAAGAUCCGCCCGCCUGUUCAAUCAAGCGCGACUUGAGGACCAGUGUGCGGAGUUCAUCGCUAAUAAUCUGGAAAAUAUGGUUGACAGAGAAGAUUUUUGUCAGCUGGUGAUGGAAGACGCAUCAGAUAUAAAGGGCCGGCAGGAAACAGACUCCAUCGGAAUCAUCGACGACAUCCGCUUUCACAUUACUAACUUUGUCCAGACGUAUAGCGAAAUGGAGGAGGCCAACGAACGACUUCGCCUGGUGGACAGAAUGCUGGAGAAUUUAAAUCUGGAUGGAUAAAUGUCAGUCAUGAAUGAUUUGGUGUGUAAUAGGAAACUAAAUGUGAAGCAUGAAUGAUAUCAUGUGUAAUAUAAAACUACAUAUAAAAAUGUCAAGCAUGAAUGAUGUGAUGUGUUAUAAAACUAACUCUCAAGCAUGAAUGAUUUGAUGUGUUAUAAACUAACUGUAUAAGUCUGAACAUGCAGUGCGUCUCAUCACUCAACAUGGGGAAAACAAAAUAUAAUAGUUUUAAAACGGAUGGUUAGUUUUGCAUAGCUUUAUGAACUUUUGGUUUGUUAAUACAUUCGUGAUUUUGGGGGAGUGGGGUUACCGUUUUCAAUUUCACGUUACAUGAUAUAUUUUUUUUGUUUUAAACUAUUUUCCCUCCUUUUGAACUGGGAAAAAAUGUCGACAAUUUUUGUCAUAUUGGGAAAACUCUUUUAUAAUAAUUUCUAAUGAAGAAACAAAUGUUGAAGAAUUUUUAAACAGCUGUUUUAUUUUUCUCUUCUUUUCCUGGACUCGUGUGAUGAAUUCUUUUAAGUGCUUGUAGACUUUCACGUUUGUCUUAUUAGGAGUUUACCUCUCUACAGCGAAUAUUUAACAGCUUGUAGACUUUUAUACCUCUCUACAGCGAAUAGUUAACUGUUUGUAGACUUUCAUACCUCUCUACAGCGAAUAUAGUUAACUGUUUGAAGACUAUCAUACCUCUCUACAGCGAAUAGUUAACUGUUUGAAGACUUUCAUACAUGUACCUCUCUACAGCGAAUAUUUAAUAGCUUGUAGACUUUCAUACCUCUCUACAGCGAAUAUUUAACUGUUUUUAGACUUUCAUACCUCUCUACAGCGUGAUUUUUGAUGGUCUGACACAAAAUAGAACCUGUAUUUUUUCAGACCCCUGUUGUACCGGUGAACAACUACUACUGUACCCACGAUGUGUAACGCGUUCAUGAUCUUACUAACACACUAUAACUCCUUAUCAUUUCCUUGUGUGUGUAUUUAAAAGAAUAUUAUGUAAUAUCGAUAAGAAAUUGUGUUAUGGCGACUUUAAUCCUGUUCUGAUUUCCUUGUGUGCGUAUUAACAAUAUUUUCAUAUAAUCGAUAAGAAAUUGUGUUAUAUUGGUUACUUCAAUCCUGUUCUGAUUUCCUUUUGUGCGUAUUAACGAUAUUUUCAUGUAAUCAAUAAGAAAUAUUGUAUUUAUUCAUGGUUACUUUAAUCCUGUUCUUAUUUCCUUGUGUGUAUUAAGAACAUUACGUACAGUGUAAUAUCGAUAAGAAAUAUUGUAUUUAUUUAUGGUGACUUUAAUCCUGUUCUUAUUUCCUUGUGUGUAUUAAGAACAUUACGUACAGUGUAAUAUCUAUGAGAAAUUGUAUGAUGUCAUGUUAUAGGAAUUGUUACUUGUUUGUUAAUAUUGUUUUGAUAUUCGGAUCAGCUGAGCUAUGCUUGUUUUGGGGGUAGAUUUCUGGUGUGUUGUACGUUAUUAAUUUUUGUUCAGAUAUUUGGGUCAGCUGAGCUAUAUGCUUGUUUUAGGGAUAGAUUUCUGAUGUGUUGUUAUUAAUUUUUGAUAUGGGAGGUUUAUAUAUAUAUACAGUGAUUUUUAGCCGAGUUGCAACGAAGUUGAACUCGGCUAUUGGUUUGGUGAUGCAGGCGGGCGGGCGUCAACAAUUGGUUUCCGGAUGAUAACUCGAAAAGUUUAGAAUCUAAUCAAAUGAAACUUUGUUAUAUUGUUGGGUACCAGGUAAGGAAGAUCCCUAUAAUUUUUGGAGAAAAAUGGUCAAAGGUCAAGGUCACAGUGACCGAAAAUAGAAUGAAAAUUUCAGAAAAAUUUGGUUAACUCGAAAAAAUUUUGUUUGAAUCAAAUGAAACUUGUAUAUAUUGUUGGAUACCAGCAAAGUAAGGCCCUUAUAGAAUUUGGAGAAAAAAGGUCAAAGGUCAAGGUCACAGUGACCGAAAAUAGAUGAAAACUUCAGACAAAUAUGGUUUCUGGACAGUAACUCGAAAAGUUUAAAACUGAAUCAAAUGAAACUUGGUUAUAUUGUUGAAUAGCAGGUUAGGAAGACCCCCUAUUGAUUUUUGAGAAAAAAGGUCAAGGUUACAGUCCUGAAAAAAGAUUGAAAAUUUUAGAAAUAUCUGGAUCUGCAUGAUAACUCUAAAAGUUUAAAUCCGAAUAUUCACAAUUAUAAAUAUGCCACAUCAUUCCUGACUUUACAAUGUAUCCCAUGCAACUCGGCUCAUGCACCCCUGGGUGCAUAUACUGAUUUUUGUAAAGAUUUAUUGAUGUGAUUGAAUUAUCAAGUGUUAUGAAAUUUCCUAACUAUAGCUCAUAGGCCUAUAGGUGGGGGCGGCCCUGUUCUUCACUUCUUAGAUGAAAUCUCCUUACUAGCUCAUAUAGGCCUAUAGGUAGGGGGAUCCCCACUUUUCUCUUCUCAGAUUGUCUUGCAAAAAGAAAUUUCAAAAUCAAAAAAAAUAAAAAUCAUAGAAUACUUAGAGGAUUUCAUCAUUGUAACCCAAUACCCCAUUUCCCCCAUGUAAUUUGAAAUAAUGGGUCUGUCUAAUUUGUCAAAUGAAUUGAUAAAGAUUAAUAAAAUUUGCAAUGUGAAACAAAUACAUGAUGCAUUAUUUCGGGUACACAUUCUAUCUAAAACGUGUUUGUGUGUGGGGGUGGGGGGUGGUAAUCUUAAUAACUAUAACCCUGUGUUGCAAUCCACAAACCAGAAAAUGUUUGACUGGAAUGAUUUAGUAAUUAAUUUCUUUGUGAAAAUAUAUAUUUUUUUUCAUGUUAUUACAUAGGGUUUAUAGGAUUUUGUUGAGGAGCGGGUAUCUAAUUUUAGUGACACUCUCCAGAGAUAUUCCUAGGGAAUGUUAGCUGCAGAACUGUAGCUCUCUGAAAAAAUAUUUUGACAUAACAGAGUCAAAAUAUUUUUUCAGAGAGCUACAGUUCUGCAGCUAAGGGAAUGUAUACAGUUAACAAAGUGUUAUUUAAAACUCUCCCGAGAUAUUCCUAGGGAAUGUACUGUUAACAAAGUGCUAUUUAUCAAUCUCCACGUAGAACUGUUAACAAAGUGCUAUUGAUCUGGUUUUGCAUAGCCAGUUAUUGAAAUGUUUGUUUUCUUGUGUUUUUUUUCAUCACAUGGUGAGCUAUUGGUUACGUAACUGUUUGUUUUCUUGUGUGAUCCUGUAAAUCAGCAAUUUUCUGAUGUUAUUAACCUUGCCAUAUCUAUGUUUGGGAUAUAUAUAAAAUGUACCUCCCAUGAAAUUCAUAUGGCACUUCUACCAUUCAUAAGAAUAACAUGAAUGUCUUUUGUUAUGGAUAUUGUAUGUCAAUAAAACUUCUAUUGAUGAUA